GGGGUUUUCCCUCAAUUUAGUUCAUUUUGCAAUAUUACAAAAUUUAGAUGAUUAGAUUUUUUUUACAAUCUUUUGGUUAUCUGUAGAUGAUCAUCUUGAUUUGAUUUGAAUAUAAAGAGAGUUGCAAAUUUUUUUAAAUAUAUUUAGUGAACUUGUGACACCCAUUACAUUGUUAUCAAAUCACAUUCUCCAUAUGUGAUUUGAUCAUAUGGGUGACAAUAUGAAGUUAUGUGGUUGAUUGUUCAUGGACGACGCAAACGUAAUCGAUGACAAUUUCAAACUCAGAUCAUCAUGUACCACCUUCCGUAGCUACCAAAGAUAAAUUAUUCUCAACUCGAUUAUCUGUCCUCGCUUUCUUCAGGAGCAGCAACAACAACAACAGUGUUUGUGACACUUCAGAAAAUGCGGAGACCAAUGGCUUUCACAGGGCCAGAAGAAUAUCUGGAUUCUCUGAUCCAUUUUCUAAUCAUGACUUUACAGCUUUAGAGGCAGAGGCACUUGAGAUGACAGAAGCGCCAGCAGAGGAGAACUCACUCAGAGAAGAGUUCGAGGAAUGUUCAGAGUCUGAUACAGUCAGUACCUCGGACUCAGAACAUCACUCUGCUGGACACUGGCGCGGGUUCAUCCAUAUGUUGAAAAAGGGACCGAAACGUUUUCAAACUUUUCAUCCAUUGGUUUUGCCAAAGCUUACUAGAAGAAAGAGUAGAAGUGCAAGGCAUAGCAUGAUUCCAGUCAUACCUUCAUUACGAAGUGGAAUGUGCUUCUUUAAGCCUUCUUGGAAAAAUUUCUCUCUCGAAGAGCUUCAUGAGGCUACAAACACUUUUAACAAUGAAAAUAAAAUUGGAGAAGGAGGUUAUGCUGAUGUUUAUAAGGGUGUUCUUCCAAAUGGGCAUCUCAUAGCUGUAAAACGUCUGUCCAAGGGUAACCCUGAAGAGCUAGCAGCUGACUUCCUAUCUGAACUUGGGAUAAUAGUGCAUGUCAAUCACCCCAAUAUUGCUAAAGUUGUUGGUUAUGGUGUGGAUGGGGGAAUGCACCUCAUUCUUGAUCUGUCUCCUAAUGGAAGCUUGGAAUCUAUACUUCGGGGGUCGAGGGAGAAUCUUCGAUGGGAUAUCAGAUAUAAGAUUGCUUUGGGUUCAGCUCAAGGUCUCCAGUAUCUUCAUGAAGGUUGUCAACGGAGAAUAAUCCAUAGGGACAUUAAGGCUGCCAAUAUAUUGCUUACAGAGGAUUUUGAAGCACAGAUCUCUGAUUUUGGAUUAGCAAAGUGGCUUCCAGAUCAAUGGACUCACCACACCGUUUCGAAGUUUGAAGGGACAUUCGGCUACCUUCCUCCAGAGUUCUUCAUGCACGGCAUAGUCGAUGAAAAAACAGAUGUCUAUGCUUAUGGGGUUCUCCUGCUGGAACUUAUAACCGGUCGCCUGGCACUCGAUAAUACUCAGAAAAGCCUUGUUAUGUGGGCCAAACCAUUUCUUGACAAGAACAAGUUAAAGGAACUUGUUGACCCAUAUCUUGGUGAUGGAUAUGACAAGGAUCAACUAAAACUAUUGGCCAUGACUGCCAACAUGUGCAUACACCAGUCCUCAAUCGAACGGCCUCAAAUGAGUGAGGUUGUGCAAAUCCUAAAUGGUGAGACGAAAUGUUCUGAAUUCGCCAAGCUAACUCAAAAACCUUCUCUCAAAAGAACAUACUCGGUGGAGCUUUUUGAUGCAGAAGAGUACAACUCAACCAAGUACUUAAAUGAUGUAGAUCAGCUCAUGCAAGUAGCUCUGGAGCUUUGAUAUCCAAGUGAUGAUUGUAUGCCAUAGUUCAGUGUCUUCAUCUAUUGCACUUCGAGAUUGCAUGCAUUAGAAACAACCCUGCAAAACUUUGUACCAAAUGCGUUAACUACUGACUAUUUGACUAUGUAUAUUCAUUUUGUAACCAAAUACUUCUUAUUUAUUGAUGUUCCCCAUUUGUACAGGCUGUUUCUGACA